AUGCCGUCCGUUCUGAAACAACUGUCGGAUCUCAUCGCGGCAUCGGUUCGCAACAUCGAUGCUGCUUGCGAAGCUUGUGGACUGCCCUUUCCUUCACUAGACGAGCCGUUCUCAGACGAAUCGGAGGAGGCCCGUAAAGGGCCGGAACUUCUUCACAAUGUUGGUAUCAUAGUAGCUGCAGCAACGCAGCUUAUCGCUGUUGCAAACGUUCCGUCGACCCAUCUGUUUUCUGUGAUUCUACAGCACACUGUGCCGGCUUCCCUCGCCGUGGCGAAUGAUGGCCACAUUGCUGAAAUAUUGCGCGACGCUGGCCCACAGGGAGCGACUGUAAACAACAUCGCCCAACGGAAUGGCAUGAAUGCAGCCCGAAUCGGUCGAGUUCUUCGGCUCCUCGCUACACACCACAUAUUCAGAGAAGUCUCUCCUGAUGUGUUUACUAACAAUCGGAUCUCUUCGCUGCUAGAUACUGGGAAACCAUUGGAGGAGUUAUCCAGACUGCCCCUUGACAAACACGAUGAUACUGCCGGCUACUCUGCAGCUGUGGGCCAUUACUCUGAUGAAGCCUUCAAAGUUACUUCGGUACUCGCCGAGACUCUUCGAGACCACGCACUUGGCCAUUCAGAUGAACCCAACCAAUCUGCUCUCUCGAAAGCCUUUUCCACGAAUCUUUCACCCUUCGAAUGGUUCGAACUUCCAGAGAACGAGUAUCGUAGAAGGCGUUUUGGCGUGGUCAUGGACGCUCUGACCAAGUUACAGCCUCCCGACGCUCUGUUGAAAGGCUUUGAUUUCUCUUCGCUCCGAGACGGCGCGCUUGUCAUCGACGUCGGAGGAGGAAUUGGAUCGGUAUCCAUGGUAAUUGCGAAAGCUUACCCAAAGCUGAACUUUGUGGUCGAAGAUCGGCUUCAAGUUGUUCAGGACGCAGAGAAGCCUCUCGCCUUGAACGCACCUGAUUUAUUCAUAUUACGUGGAAUCAUACACGACUGGUCCGAUCCUUACGCGGUGAAAAUAUUGAAAACCCUCCGCGCAGUGGCAGGCCCCAGGACCCAACUUCUCAUCAUCGACAGAGUCCUCCUAUAUGCGUGCCCGCCUCACCCUCAGCAUAGUGAUUCGUUCAAAGCACCCAAUAUUCCUGAUCCCCCGGCACCAUUGCUAGCUAACAUGGGUGGGGCUGCUUCGAUAUUGUAUGCCCAUGACAUUUUGAUGCUGGCCUUUCAGAAUGGACAGGAACGCACCAGUGGCCAAUUCAACGAGCUUUUGAGAAAUGCGGGGUGGGAACUGAAAGAAAUCAAACGAACGGAUUACAUAGGGACGAGGAUGCCGCAUGUGAUCGCAGUGCCCUUGUGA